AAGUAGUAAAAAAACAGCAGAUGAAAAUAUAGAAUUAUCUUUCAUUGAAACUGUUAAAAGUAUAGGUGAUGGAACUGUUAAAGGAAUAAGUGAUAGAACUGUUAGAGGAAUAAGUAAUAGAACUGUUAGAAAAAUAAGUGACAGAACUGUUAGAGGAAUAAGUGGUAGAACUGUUGAAAAAACUUGUACUGGAAUUGAAGUUAUUAGAAGAGACAUUGUAGAGGUUGAGUUGAUAUUUUCAGUAAUAUUAUCAAAAACUUCAAAUUUUGAACCAAUAUCAGGUAUUAGAGAAUGUAUAAUUUCUUUAGAAAUUUCUAUUUCUGAAAUAAAAAAAAAGUCUUCAGGCAAAACUUCAAAAGCUAUAGAAUAUAAUUGA